AUGUCGAAGAACUUCUUUAUCGCAGCAUGGCUGAUGCAGCUGUUUAUGACAGUCGGGUUCUGCUAUGAAAUAGUUGAGCAACUACAACAUGUGCCGAAUGGCUGGUCAAAAGGAAGUGAGCCCCAGCCAUGGAUGACUAUUCAAUUUCGAAUAGAACUACGCGGGCCAGGUAGUACCAGCCUGGAGAGACUAGCCAUUGAUCUCGCAAGUCCCGGUCAUCCAAACUACGGAAGACACAUGAAGCGCGAAGAGGUGAAAGACCUUCUGCGCCCGAGCUCCGUCAUCUCUGACCAAGUAUUGUCCUGGCUGUAUUUGGAGGGAGUUUCCAACGACACAAUCGAGACAUAUGGCAACUGGAUCAGCUUCAGGGCAAACAUACUCCAAGCCGAGCAGAUCUUGAAGACGCGGUUCUUCUACUAUCACCAUAAAGACAGCCAAACGACCGUCAUCAGAACACUCGAAUACUCCUUACCCCAUGGGAUACACCCACAUAUCCACCUAAUUCAGCCAACCACCAGAUUCGGAAAGCCUAAUACUCAUGGCAACGGAAGAUUAAAUGCACGUGGUGCCUUACCGGUUGACCAGCCAAUCGUGGCCACAUCAGAAGAUCUGACUGCAGAAUGUGGAACCGUGAUGAGGCCCGAUUGCCUUCGAGAAUUGUAUGGUCUGCAUGACACAAGGGCAAAGCCAGAUCCACGGAAUAGACUAGGUGUCUCGGGAUUCCUAGAUCAAUAUGCCCGGCAUAGUGACUUCUAUCACUUCAUGCAACGCUUCUCUCCGGGCGCAUCAGACGCAGAUUUUGACGUUGUGACCAUCAAUGGAGGCAUGAACCCGGAGGUUUCUCCCGCCAGCAGUACAGAAGCAAGCCUUGAUAUACAAUACGCAGCUGCGUUGGCCUACAGCGCAUCAGUCACGUUUUAUUCCACAGGUGGCCGAGCACCUUGGGUCUCCGAAACGGGGCAAAUGGGCCCCAAUAACUCUGAAAAUGAGCCAUUUCUUGAUCAACUCCACUAUCUCGUCAAACUUCCAGACAGUGAACUUCCAUCGGUUCUCAGCACAUCAUACGGGGAGAUCGAACAUAGUGUGCCGCCAUCAUAUGCAAAGUCAGUCUGCAACUUGUUUGCACAACUUGGUGCCCGGGGCGUAUCAGUCAUUUAUAGCAGUGGAGACUCGGGCGUUGGAGAGUCGUGCCUCAGCAACGAUGGAACUGGGCGAGCCAAGUUCCAGCCAAUUUUUCCAGCCUCAUGUCCGUUUGUCACUGCAGUUGGAGGUGUUGAAGGAAUCAAUCCCGAGAUCGCUCUCGAUUUCUCUACUGGUGGAUUUUCUGACAUUUUUCACCGACCAAAGUACCAAGAUCAGGCAGUGAGCCGCUAUCUUGAUCACCUAGGUGAUCAAUGGAGCGGUUUAUACAACCGUCAUGGAAGGGCGAUCCCUGACGUUGCCUCCCAAGCGAAGAACUUCAUCAUUCGAGACCACGAGACUUAUUUGAAGAUUAGCGGCACCAGACUAAGAUCAAAUAGUGCUUCAGGGCCGGUAUUUGCUGGCAUAGUUUCUCAAUUGAAUGCAAUUCGGCUUGUAAAUGGGAAGCCUCGGAUGGGCUUUUUAAAUCCCUGGCUAUACAGCCUCCAGCAAUCAGGAUUUACCGAUAUAGUACAUGGUGGCUCCCGAGGCUGCACUGGAACGACUGACUCUGGCGCCAGAGGUGCUUUCGUUCCAUAUGCAAGUUGGAAUGCCACAAAAGGCUGGGAUCCAGUGACAGGGCUAGGGACACCGUUGUUCCGGGAGUUGGCUGAGUUGGCCUUGUCGAGUGACCAAAUGGCUUGGACAAAAUAUGUGGUAUUUAACCAAGAGAAAUCAUAUUAG